AUGAACGGAUUGAACACGCUUUCGGGCUCAGUGCCUCAGCUCCAUCAACAGUACAGAAACCACCUUCCACAGCAGCUUCAGCCUGGCCAGAACGCUUCAGGAGCUUCGGCUACGCCUGCGCCAAAUGGACAGACGGCUAAUCCAGAGAGUCUGCCGGCAGAAAGCCAGGACGGGGCGAAAGAUGAUAAAAACACGGAUCCGGAACUUGACGAUGAUGAUAAGUUAUCCAAGAGAGAACGGAAGAACCGGCCUGGCCAGAAGUUUGGCGCUAAGAAGAAGCUGUGGGUCUGGACAUGGUUUGUUCAGGACCUGCGGGAUCCCAAUGUUGCCGUGUGUGAUUACUGUGGGAAGAUCAUCACUAGACAGCCAUCUGAUAAAGGGCUGCCUAAGAAGUUGAGUGAACACUUGAAAACACAUAAGCUUUCAAGGGACCUGAUCAACACGCUGCGGCCUGUUCCUGUUGAUGGGAACGGUAUCACGUAUAGCCCGAACGGGCUUCAGAUGCCAAAUUAUAAGAAUUAUAACCAGGGCCAGAACCAGGGCCAGAGUCUGAACCAGAGCCAAAGCAGCCUGUCGAACGGGCCUAUGAGCAACCCACAGCUUAACAAUAUGCUUCAGCACUCGUUGCAGAACCAGAGUUUGAAUCAGAACCAUGGUGAUUCCGAUGAUAUCCCUCAGCCUAAGCCUACCAAGUACAGAAGAACAGGAAACAUGGUUAAUGGCGUUCAGGCUGGCGUUGGAAGUGUUCCUACUGCCAACAACAGUACAGGUUCGAGCCGUUUGAAUUCGAUCAGUGGGGUCAAUGUUGAUGAACGGUUGCAGAUGCACCAAAACCAUCAAACCCAUCAGAACCACGCCAAUCACCAGAAUCACCAAAACCAGAAUCAGAACCAGACCCAGAUAGUUCGUCAAUCUGCUUCGCUGGGAAGCCCCGUUCAGUAUGGUCGUCGCUACAUUCUGCCAAACUUCGAUAAUGCUCCUUAUUCUGCUGGGAAGUUCCAUAAGCACCUUCUCCAUUUCCUCGCUGACAACAAAUUGUCCAUUCGUUUGCUCAAGCUGCAUUCGUUCCAGCAGCUUAUUUACGACUUGAGGCCAGAUCUGAUCACCGAUCUUCUUGAACUUACAGGGUUAUACACGUCGUUUAUGGAAGUAUCGAGAGUUGACACCGAUCCAAAUGCCGAGGAAGGCCAUCAAACAACGCUAGCAGAGACAAACGUGGUGAAUACGCUAGCUCAGAACUUGCCUCGAGGCGACUGA